AUGGAUAACAGUUAUCACGGUUCGUCGUCUUCGAGGAAAGGAAAGAAGGGCAACUCGGACAAGCCUAAGCAACCCCAGAGAGGCCUCGGUGUUGCUCAGUUGGAAAAGAUCAGAUUACAUGGACAAAUGGCUUCUUCUGGUUAUAAUAAUAACCUUCCUCUUCAUUAUGGACCUUGCCCUGCGAGUUUCAACCAGGAAGAUAACAUGGGAGUGCAGCAGAUGGGUUAUUCAUCAAUGGCGUCGUCGUCGUCUUUUUCUUAUUCAUCGACAUCACCAGCAGCUUCUUACGGUUUCCAGUACCCCAACACGAUGAUGGGGGUUGGCGAGUAUGAUCAAAGAGGGAACUUCAGAUAUGGUGAUUCCCAACCAAGUACUACAGCAAGUUGGAACACCAGCAGUGGCAUCCUAGAGAGCCAACAUUUUGCACAACCAAACAUGACCAGACAACUUCUUAACCCACACGAUGAGGAUUCGCGUUCAAGGAGCAAGAAACACCGGAGCAGCUCGUUGGGAUCGAGCAGUCAAAAUUCGGAAUCGAGUGACACACAAGAGCUGGAUUUGGAGCUCAGAUUGUCAUUGUAAU